UUGAUCCAUUUUCUCCUUUUUUCUCUCUCUCUCUCUCUCUCUAUAUAUAUAUAUAUAGAUAGAUAGAUGGAUAGAUCCGGGUUCCACCCCUCCACUACCUGAUACAUAUAUACUAACAUCCUGAUCACUCCAAACAUGGCUGAGGAGAAACCGGAAAACAAUGCUGCCUUCUUCGACCCGGCGGCGCCCCCCAAACCUACAAGAAACAAGUUUGCUACGGCUUGUUCUUUCCUAGCUUCCAUGACUUCCGUCUUACUUGGAUACGAUGUCGGAGUGAUGAGUGGAGCUAUAAUCUACAUCCAAAGAGACCUUCAGAUAACCGACGUUCAAAAGGAGGUGAUCAUGGGAAUCUUCGGACUCUACGCGCUCAUCGGCUCCGCCAUCGCCGGCCGCAUCUCCGACCGGGUUGGCCGCCGCCUCACCAUAGUCUUCGCCGGAGCCAUAUUCUUCUUCGGCGCACUGUUUAUGGGCUUGGCCACCAACUAUGCCUUUCUCAUGGUUGGCCGCUUCGUAGCUGGCAUCGGAGUCGGGCACGCGCUGAUGAUUGCGCCCGUGUACACGGCGGAGGUGGCGCCCGCCUCCUGUCGGGGCCUCCUCCUUUCUUUUCCAGAGCUAUUCAUCAAUAUUGGAAUACUUUUGGGAUAUGUAUCCAAUCUGGCAUUUUCCAAACUCCCGACCAACUUAGGGUGGCGAUUCAUGCUCGGAAUAGGCAUGUUCCCUUCCGUGCUCGUCGUUCUCGUCAUCCUGGUCAUGCCCGAGUCGCCUCGAUGGCUCAUCAUGCAGGGCCGCCUCCGCGAAGCCAAACUAGUUCUUGAAAGAACCUCCGACUCAUCAGAGGAAGUAAAAUCAAGACUCGCCGAUAUCAAACAGGCUGCAGGCAUACCGGAUCACUGCAACGACGACGUCGUUGCUGUCCCCAAACAACACCAUGGGGAAGGCGUGUGGCGAGAACUCUUUCUCCACCCUACCCCCUCCGUGCUCCACAUAAUGCUCUGCGCAACUGGGAUACACUUCUUUCAAAUUGCGAGUGGGAUAGAGACCGUCGUUCUGUACAGUCCGGAAAUCUUCGAAAAGGCGGGUAUAACCAAUGACACUCACAAGCUACUCGCGACCAUGGCCGUUGGAUUCGUGAAGUUAAUGUUCAUUCUGGUUGCCACGUUUACUCUUGAUAAGAUCGGACGGCGCCCGUUGAUUCUGACUAGCAUAGGAGGAUGUUGUGUGUGUUUAUUGGUCCUGGCUACUGGGCUUACCUUUAUUCAAAAUUCGGAUCACAGAUUGGUGUGGGCCAUUGCUUUGUGUUUGGUGGCGAUUUUAUGUUUCGUGGCCAUUUUUGGAAUGGGUAUGGGCCCAAUCACAUGGGUUUACAGUUCGGAGAUAUUUCCGUUGAGGUUAAGGGCCCAAGGGUGCGCUUUGGCAAUAGCGUCGAAUCGGGUGACCAGUGCGCUAUUAACAAUGACAUUUAUAUCCCUGUACAAGGCCAUCACUCUUGCAGGUGCAUUCUUCUUGUACGCAGGGUUUGCUGCUGUUGCAUGGGUGUUUUUCUACACUUUGUACCCGGAGACAAAAGGGAAAACCCUCGAAGAAAUGGGGUCUUUGUUUGGGACGUUCUUCAAGUGGAGAUCCACUGUGAGAGCAUUAGAGGAAAAGAAAGGUGAUUAUAACGGCCAUGUCCAAACAGGGAAUACUACUACGGACCAUAAUUAGGAUUAAGACUAUUGACAUUUUUUGUUUUUCUGUCUUUCUUUGUUGUGGUUUGAUGAUUAAGGGCUUUUAUGUCAUUCUGAAGUUGAUGAGUUAAUGACAAGUGUGUGAAAUUUGUGGGGCUGAGGGAGGAGAGAUAGAUGGGAGAAGGGGGUGUGAAGUCUAAAAUGCAAUUUGCUGGAUAUUCGUUAUAUGCGAAUGGAAUCGUGUUAUUGAAGAAAUUCAAAAUAAGAUGAAAGUAGAAUUGCUCUAGUUAAA